AUGGUGCAACCGCUGUCCGUCUCGAGCCUCCUCUCACUCCAACAGGCGAAGCCGUACUACUCCGCUGAGUCCUCCUCAGCCGGGGGGGAGCUUUCCCCGCCUUUGCAGCCCCUGAAAAACCCCCUUGAAAGAGCGCCGGCCAGUCACGCGCCGCCAGCUGUCGAGCCGAGAGGUCUCGUGACAAAUCUGCUUCAAAAGCCGAACGCCCUAGAGUUGGAAGAAGCGGGAGCGCUCGUGGGGGGUGGAGCUGCGCUUUUGGACACAGGCAUUUUCGCGGUGAAAGGGGGGGCGUGGCGGGACUUGCUGACGUUGAUGGCGCUGCGGCCGAAUCCAGUGGAGGCGUUGCUGACGUCGGGCGAGGAGAUGAGCUUGUACGAGGAGAUGGCGGGUGCGUGGGUUCCGGCUAGACAUUCCUGGCUCCAGUCUCGGCCGUUAGGCCCGCUUUUGACGGAAUACCUGGGCCGCAGCCGCCUCUGGUACCACUUUGCGCCCGAGCUCGAGUUCCUGCACUUCGGAACCACGUCCGAAGUUUUGGACCACCUGGCAUCCGGCUGGCCAAUGGCGGACCGCCAGCUCAGCAACGUCAGGGGUGACGUGGGCCUCAACACAGUCGUCAUCGGCAGCACCGUCGACGUCAUGGCCUCCAUAGGAGAUGGCGGCCUUAUCUGCGAUAGCAAGCUGGGCGCUCAGACAACCGUCGGCUCUCGCUGCGUCAUCUUUGGGCUUGAUACUUACCACGCCCACCUCAGCAAGACGUCAUCAACCCUAGCUAUUCCCAGUCAUUUGUGCGUUUGGGUGGUGCCGCUCUUGGGGGGAAGCCAGGUCACGGUUUGCUGCGGGGUUGACGAUAAUCCGAAGGAGGGUUAUCGGGAACCGGGUUCGAGCAAGGCGACGUUUUGCGGGGUUCCGUUGGGCGAUUGGUUGCAAGCGCGAGGUGUGUCUUCAGCUGAGCUAUGGCCCGGCUUCGGGAGCGUCGGCGUUUUAGAAACGGGAUCCGGCUCGCCCGCGAAUAACGGUGCCCAAGAUACUCAUUCUCAGUCGGCUGUGGCCGGUAGCGACCGGCAGCCGGCAAAUAAAAGCACGCAGAUUGAUUCCAAACCCGCUCCUCCGGAUCAGACGCCAGUAAUCAAGGAGCGAAACCUUUGGAAUGCAAGCUUAUACCCGGUCGAAGAGAGGGGGGCGGUCUUAGACUGGGUCCCCUGGUUCAUUGGUCGGGCAAUGACGUCAGAAACGCGUCAGCAGUGGAGGGGCGCCCAACGGCUGAGCCUGGCGCAGAUCCACCGUCGGAUCGACUUUGCGGCGCUUGAUCGGACGGUCAGGAUCGGAAGGGGGGAACUGGCGCUCGGGAUUUUGCAGCGGGAUGUACAAGGGCUUCUUCAGCGGAACGUCGCAGCUCUCAGCGAGCAGAUUUUGUGGGGUUUCAACACACAGUCUGCGGAUAGUCCGGAAAGCAGUGUGAACGCGCCCAGCGGCCGACCGUUUGCGAACGUGUUGGCAUCUGAUUGGGCGCCAGGGCUGGCCGAGAGGCUGGAAGCGAACAUCAGGGAGCCGAUUUACACUGUGCCUCGCAGCCGACUGCACAUGGCGCGCGCGGAUUUGCUGCGGGCAGGGGGACACGUGGCAGAAGCAGAUCAAGCGGAGGAGGACGCUUGGCGGGCGGUGGCUUCGGAAACGGCGACGGGGGUCGGGAUCGCUGCGGAAAGCACCCCCCCGGAUGAUUUGCCGCAUCAUUCGGAAGCCGGUCAGCGGCCCGGAAUCCGGGAGCAGGGGUUGGCCCUACAAGAAGCCACGCUGAGCCUUUUAACACAGUCUCCGGCUGGUGUGAACGGGCACCUCGGUCCGGUGGGGGAAGUUUAUAGGGUCGAGCUCCCGGUGAGAUUGGACAUCGCAGGGGGGUGGAGUGACACUCCUCCCUGGAGUCUGGAACGCGUGGGGAGGGUUUUGAACAUCGCCGCAGACUUGGAAGGCCGCCCGCCAGUGGGGGUGGAAGUCGAAGUGACAGGAGGGGGGGGUGUUUCGAUACAAGAUGACGAGGGUAGGGAGUGUAAAGUCGAAGAUUUGACGUUGCUUGACGCUCCGCUGGCGAUCGACGACCCGUUUGCAGUUGCCAAGGCGGCGCUGGUAGUGACCGGGUUUGGGUCGAGGGACCUACUAGGACCUGAGCGCGGCCUGCGCAUCUCAACGUGGGCGGACGUGCCACGUGGCAGCGGGCUGGGGACCUCCAGCAUACUCGCGGCGGCCCUCGUGAGGGGCCUGCUGCGCGCGCAAGGGGCGUCCGACUCCAACGAAGACGUCUCGCACAAGGUGCUCGUGUUGGAGCAAUUGAUGGGCACGGGAGGCGGAUGGCAGGACCAGGUGGGCGCGCUUUGGCCCGGUGCUAAAUGCACGACCAGUCUCCCCUCGCGCCCGCUGCGUCUGGUCGUGGAGGAAGUGCCGCUGCUCCCCGCGCUGCGGCACGAGUUGGAGUCGCGCCUGGUGCUCGUUUUCACCGGGAAGGUCCGGCUGGCCAGGAACGUGUUGCAGAAGGUGGUGGGCAGGUAUUUGCGGCGAGACGCGCGAGCAAUCGCCAGCGUGCGGCGCCUAACAGAGCUCGCAACGGCGGGCCAAAAGGCCCUUGCGACUGGGGACUUGACUGCGUUGGGGGCGGUGAUGUCGGAAACCUGGGGUCUGCAUCAAGAACUGGACCCUCACUGCAGUAACCCGGAUGUGGAGCGGUUGUUCUCCUUGGUGGACCACUUGAGCGUUGGGCACAAGUUGCUGGGGGCAGGAGGGGGCGGCUUUGCGCUGAUCCUUGCGAAAGACGUGCAUGCCGCAGCAGAGAUGAGAGCAAUGCUUGACGAGUUUGGACCACCCGCGAAAGUGCACUCGUGGUCUUUGGGGUAGAGGCUGAAAGUGGAUCCGGCCAGCGGCACCUCCGAGCCCUCUGCUCUAC